AUGAGCGCCCCUCAGCUGAACAAGAUCGCGGCCAACAGCCCGUCCCGCGCCAAGCCCUCUGAGCUGGAGACCAGCAUCGCCGGUGCUCUGUUCGACCUGGAGUCCAACACCGCCGACCUCAAGGCUGCCCUGCGCCCUCUGCAGUUCGUGUCUGCUCGCGAGAUCGAGGUUGGCCACGGCAAGAAGGCUAUUGUCAUUUUUGUCCCCGUCCCAUCCCUGCAGGGCUUCCACCGGGUGCAGCAGCGCCUGACCCGUGAGCUGGAGAAGAAGUUCCCCGACCGCCACGUCCUGAUCCUGGCCUCGCGCCGCAUUCUCCCCCGCCCCAAGCGCUCCAGCCGCUCCCGCAACACCCAGAAGCAGAAGCGCCCCCGUUCGCGCACGCUGACUGCGGUCCACGACGCCAUCCUGACGGACCUCGUCUACCCCGUCGAGAUCGUCGGCAAGCGUCUCCGCACCAAGGAGGACGGCUCCAAGACGCUCAAGGUCAUCCUCGACGAGAAGGAGCGUGGUGGCGUCGACUACCGCCUGGACUCGUACUCCGAGGUCUACCGGAGACUCACUGGCCGCGCCGUCGUCUUUGAGUUCCCCCAGAACAGCGCCGAGUUUUAA